GCAGUGAUUCCCAAGGUGGGGCCUGAGAAAAUUCAGGUGGGGCGCGGGGCAUAGACGUGGGCUGUGAAAAUAUUUGUACAUGACGAGCGGUCAUCGCGGGCACAACCUUAGAUUCCGUCUUUCCUUUGAAGCCUCCACAUCGGACACUCUCGCACCCCAGCGAGACAAAGAAGAUCCCGCUUUCUUGGAUUUGUGUCAUCUCCCGAGACUUUCAAUACUGUACCUUUCAAUUUUAAUAUCUUUUGUUAGCCCUAUUGAAAAUGAGCAAACCAAACAAGAAGAAGACUCGUCAAUACGCGGUGGAGUUUUUGAAGUUUGGAUUCAUUCCUGAUGAGCAUGAUGAGCGUAAACCGUUUUGCUUAUUAUGUAAUCAGACGAUGAGCAAUGAGUCAAUGAAGGCAGGUAGGCUGGAAGCGCACUUAAAGGUAAGACAUCCUAAUAAUUCUAAUUUAGAUUUGGAAUACUUCAAAUCAUUGAAAGAAAAAUUUAAAAACUGAACAAAACUCACUUCACUAUUUCAUGCAAAACAAGCACCUCAUACUCGUGCCCUUGAAGCCAGCUACGAAAUCUCCUUGCUUAUAGCAAAACAUGGAAAGAAUCACACUAUUGGAGAGCAACUGAUUAAACCUGCUAUCUCAAUAUUCUUAAAAACUGUAUUACAAAAAGAUGAUGGAGAUAUCAGGACUAUGCCACUCAGUAAUAACACUGUCUCGAACAGAAUAGAUGAAAUGGGGCAAAAUGUUGAAAGCCAGCUCAUUGAGAAAUUAAAAUUGCGUAAGUUUUCAUUACAAAUGGAUGAAUCCACAAUCCAGGACAGUGAGGCUCUGUUAUUGACUUAUGUGAGGUAUAUUGACCACGAGGAGUUUCAGGAAGAGAUGCUGUUCUGCGAAUCGUUUGAAACCACCACAACUGCAAAUGAUAUUUACAUCAAAAUCAAACAUUAUUUGGAUGCAAACAAAAUACCAAAGGAAAACUUACUGGCAUGUGCGGCAGACGGUGCACCUGCCAUGAUGGGCAAGAAUACGGGAUGCUUAAAAAUGAUGAAGGAUGAAAAUCCAAACAUGUUGACUGUCCAUUGUGUAAUACACCGAGAAAACUUGGUUGCCAAGAAAUUGUCCCCUGUUCUUAACAAGAUUCUUCAAAGUGUGAUCAAGUGUGUCAACAGCAUUAAAAGAAAUUCUAAAUCUGAACGUCUUUUUAAGCAGUUUUGUAUAAAUCAAAGUGCCGAACAUGUUCGAUUAUUGCUUCAUACAGAAGUAAGAUGGCUAUCAAGUGGAAACUGCUUAAAGAGGUUCAUGGAAUUAUUUGAUCAGAUUAACGACUUUCUUAGUGAUAAAUGUGAAAUGAAAUUGCUGUCAACAACGGAUGGAAAAGCAUUUGUCAGUUAUUUGACAGACAUAUUUGAGAAACUUGGAAACUUGAAUAAACAACUUCAAGGUGCAAACAUGACACUUAUUGAUGCAAAAGCAACGACUGAAAUUAACAAAGUUGUCUCCUCAAAUUAAAAACUUGUGCUGUAUGCAUCAGGCACAGGGUUCUCACUAAAUUAGUCGAGCUGACCGUCAAAUAAUUGAACUGAAAAAACGUGUUUCUUUAUUCUUUAUAAAUUGACAUUUUUUAAAAACAUGAGAAAUCGUAAUAAUUUUAUCGAUUUAUUGGGUGUUAUGCACUUUCAGUGCCUGUUGUUUCAAUUCUCAAACUAUUUUUUUGUAUUUUGAAUACAAUUUUUUAAUUUUUGAUUUUUUUUCAAUUGUAAGUAGGCCCACAUGUACUUGUAAAUGUGAGUGGACAUGGGAAAAGGUGGGGCGUAAAAACUUUUGCUAUGAAAAAGUGGGGCGCCGGGAAAAAAGGUUGGGAAACACUGCUCUAGAG